AUGUUAACCUUUGAAACUUCCCAAUUACAAGGCGCUAAAGACAUUGUUGAAAAGUUAGUUUCUUUACCUUUUCAAAAGGUUGCACACAGAAUUUCCACUUUAGAUGCUCAACCUGGUUCGCCAAAUGGUGACAUUUUAGUUAUGGUUACCGGGGAAUUGAUAAUUGAUGAUGAACAAAACGCUCAGCGUUACUCUCAAGUGUUUCACCUCAUUCCUGAUGGGAACUCUUACUAUGUUUUUAAUGACAUCUUCAGAUUAAACUACUCUUAA